AUGAAUCGAAUAAAUCGCUACUUGCUCCUAUGCACCGUCUUCUUCUGCACGUUGACGGUCUACUACAUUCUACUCGUGCCUCGACUACCUCGCAAUCUGAUCAGUUACGCCUCGCGACCGUUGUGGGACACCGAUCAACGACCUCGGCUACACCUCCACAGUCGGUUGCUGGACUUGCCCGAGGGCGCGGACCUUCGGAGCGUGUGUCACGAGUAUGGAUGGGAGGAGAGGCCCAAGGCUGUAGAGGUGUGGGAUGCGGUCAGUUCGUCUUCCUUCUGUCGAAGACGUGAUCGACAUUCCGCGGUGGGAGUCAGCCCACGUUCAGCCAGUCGGGGUCGCGUCACGAGUCCUGCAGAUGAAGCCUGCGAGCAUGCGCGGACCACUUCAGCCGACCGGGAAGAGGUGCAUAUCCAGAAACGACCGGUAGGCUGACGCUCUACAUUCCUCCCAUCGCACUCCCGCGUCGGACAAUUGCUCGCUCUUCAACCAGUCGAUCCUCUCGACCGAGCUACCGAUGCUCCUCAUCCGACUCACCGAGCUCGACCCGAUCGUAACCAAGUUCUUCAUCAUCGAAUCAGCACACACCUUCACAGGUAUACCUAAACCCCUGAUCCUGCCCACCGCACUCAAGACCAAUCCGGAUUUCGCCCCGUUCCUCGACAAGAUUCACUACCGCUCCAUCGAAGGCCGGAUCCUGGCCGAGGGGGAGGAUCCAUUCACCCAAGAGAUCGAAGUACGUCGCGCGAUGACGACCUUCAUCAAGGAAUACAUGCCUCCACGAACGCAAGGCGAAAAGGACUCCGAUAUCGCCAUGGGACCUGUGCUCCUCUUCUCGGACGUGGACGAACUCGUUUCCCGACCGACCGCAAAACUCCUCCAAUCUUGUCGUUUCCCCUUCCCCCUGCACCUAGGUCUGAAGGAUUAUCUCUACUCGUUCGAAUUCGAAGCGGGAGGGAUCAUGAAAGGUGUGAGCAGUUGGAGGGCCCAUGCGACCCAUUGGCCCGAUCGAGGCGAAGGGGUGGCAGAAUACUAUCGUCACGGUAAAGUGAGCGAAAACAUCUUGGCCGAUAGUGGGUGGCAUUGCAGUUGGUGCUUUGAGAAGAUCGAGGAAUUUGUUACCAAGGCCAAAGGUCAGUCCUCGUGUCAAUCGUGUUGGGUACCUCCAGGGUUCGUAAGAUGCUGAUCUUGCUCGCGUGUGAAACCCUUUAACGCAGGCUAUUCGCACACCGACCGUCUGGGCAGUCGGCCAACCGCCCUCCUCCGCCCCGAACGUAUUCAGAAAACCAUCUGCGACGGCUUGGACAUGUUUGCGAUGUUGCCCGAAGCUUAUACAUGGCGCGAGAUGGCGUCGAAAUGGAAAUUGGUGCCGAGUCGGUCCAUCGACGAUGAUCAGCUGCCGCGGUUGUUGAGGAAGAAACCGAACAAGUAUCGAUGGUUAUUACCUGGUGGAUGUAUGAGGGAAGAGUAG